AUGACUGAGAAACCGGUGAACGCAGACCAACAGGAGCGGACUCUUCUGAAAGGCGUGUUCAGCGUCAGAAAGGGAAAGACGCAGCUCCAUAAAUGGGCUGAGCGGCAGGUCAUCCUGUGCGGGACGAGUCUCAUCGUUGCCUCUGUCAAGGACAGCCUGACCGGCAAGAUGCACAUACUACCCCUGGUCGGGGGGAAGGUGGAGGAGGUGAAGCGGAGGCAACACUGUCUGAUGUUCAGCUCCGCCGGACCGCAGGCUCAGACCUACUACGUUAACUUUGACACGCUGACCGACUACCAGCGCUGGCACCGGCAGGCUUCUAAAGUGGUGUCUCAGACUAUUAGUCUGGUGGAUUUGUCCUGCUACAGUCUGGAGGAAGUGCCUGAGUAUCUCUUCUACUGCCAGGACGUCACACACCUCAACCUGCGCCACAACUUCAUGAGUCUGGACGGCCCUGGAGGACUCAUCAACUUCAGCAGAUUUGCCCAGCUGAGGAGCUUAAAUCUCUCUCACAAUGGGCUGGGCGUCUUCCCGGAGUCGCUGUGUGAGAUCCAGACACUGACGGAGCUCUAUCUGUCCUGCAACGGCCUCAGUGCUGUCCCGUCCCGCCUCGAAAACCUCCAGAGCUUACAGACGCUGUGUUUGGAUGGGAAUCGCUUGGAUUCUCUUCCGGAGGAGCUGGGCAGUCUCGCGCAGCUCUGCAGCUUGGGACUCUCCUUCAAUGACUUCCCUCAGGUCCCCGGCGUGGUGGAGCGCCUCUGUGCCCUGGACAAGCUGGCGAUGGCGGGGAACCGGGUGGAGACUCUGGAUCUGUUCAGCCUGCUACGAAUGACUCACAUUAAGAGUAUUGAUUUACGGUUAAAUGGCCUCCGCUGUGUUAAAAGCGAAACUCUGGAGCCGGUAAAACAUCUCACCCAGCUGGACCUGCGAGACAACCAGCUGACGUCUCUGGACCUGAGCUCGGCCUGCAGUCUGGAGACCCUGCAGUGUCAGAGGAACCAGCUGGGGGCCCUGACGCUCAGCGGCUUCACCCUGCGCACACUCCACGCCAGUGACAACGGUCUGACCACGGUGAACAUCUACCCUGUUCCCAGCCAACUCUCAAAUAUGGACCUAUCAAGGAAUCUCCUGGAAUACCUGCCAGACUGGGUGUGUGACAGCAGGAAGAUUGAGGUGCUGGAUGUCUCCCAUAAUCUGCUGUCUGAGCUCCCGGCCAGACUUCUUAGCAGUCUGAGUCUGCGUAAACUGCUGGCUGGUAACAACAGGCUUGAGAGACUGGCUGACCUGCUCGACCACAUCCCACUGGAAACACUCGACCUGCAGCACAACAAGUUACGGGAACUGCCAGAGAGCUUCUUCUACAAAGCCUUAAAUUUAAAGUAUUUGAAUGUGUCUGCCAAUGCGCUGGAGACGAUCCCGCCGAGCAGCCAAUCGGAGGAGAGCCUCAGCACCCUGCAGGAGCUCUAUCUCACAGGAAACAACCUGAAUGAGAACUGCGCUGCUCUACUGGUGGGGCAUCAGAACCUGCGGGUCUUGCAUAUGGCUUAUAACCAACUGCAGUCCUUCCCUGCUAGCAAGCUCAGUAAACUGGAGGUCCUGGAGGAACUGAAUCUGAGUGGGAACAAGCUGAAAACGAUCCCCUCCACCGUGUCCAGCUGCAAGAGACUGCACACACUCAUCGCCCACUCCAACCAUAUCAGCGUGUUCCCAGAGGUCCUCAGCCUGCCUGAGAUCAAGCUAGUAGAUGUGAGCUGUAAUGAGCAGACAGAAAUCCUGUUGCCGGACUCUCUGCCUUCAACCCUACAAGAGCUGGAUCUGACCAGCAACAGCAGCCUCAUGUUAGAGCACAAAACACUCAACCUCUUCAGUCACAUCAGUACUUUGAAGCUGGACCAGAAGCCAGCCGUGACCGCAGGAGACGCACAGGGCACGUCCACCCUGUGGGAUCAUGGUUACGCUGAGAUGUGUGGGCAAAGAAACAAGUUGUGUGUGUCUGUGCUGGCUGUGGAUCGCUUCGGAGAUAGUCCGGAGGCUGCUUAUGGGAUUUUUGAUGGCGAUCGUAAUGAGGAAGUUUCCAGGUUACUGCAGUGCACCAUGGGAGAUGUAUUGGCAGAGGAGAUACAGCACUCCAGUGUGGACAGUGUAUACAUGAGCAACACUUUCCUUACCUCCCAUAGGAAACUUGGCAUGGCAGGCCAGAAGCUCGGUGCCUCUGCUCUGCUCUGUUACAUCCAUCAUGAGUCCUCCGAGCCUGGCCGCUACUUCAGCCUCACUGUGGCCAACGUAGGCACCUGCCAGGCUGUACUGUGUCGUGAUGGGCAACCUCUUGCCCUCUCAAAGGUUUUCAGCCUAGAACAAAGCGCUGAGGAGAUGGAGCGUGUCAAACUGGCAAAAGCUAUUAUCACUGAGGAUAACAAGGUGAGUGGGGUGACAUGCUGCUCACGGUUACUUGGCUGUUCCUACCUGUUUCCUUGGGUACUUCCCAAACCCUGUGUGCACACAGAGCCUCUGUGUUCCCAGGAUGAGUUCCUGAUCCUAGGAAACAAAGCACUCUUCCAGAAGGUUUCCUACCAGGAGGCAGUGAGCACUGUGCUGGCUGUCAGAGACCCCCGUGCUGCUGCCAAAAAGCUCUGCACGCUGGCACAGAGCUAUGGGUGCCGGGAUAACGUGGGAGCAGUGGUGGUAGCUUUGCAUAUCGGAGAAGACAGCUGUACAUGUGAGCCUCCUCUCUCGAACGCAGAAGCCCGAGGACCACCUUUACUGAUCUCCAUGUUCCCUGGUGACCCAGCCACGCCGUCAUCUAGUAGUGGCAUCGCCUCGGAGUUCAACAGCGAGAUGUCUGCUUCGGAAGUUGGCAGCGAGGCUGGGUCCACAGCUUCGGACGAGCACCCCUCUUCGGGACCAACAGCUCGUCCGGAGCGCCGCUGUAGUUUGCAUCCCACUGCUACCUUAUGUAACAUAGGGCCAGUGGCGAGCUUGGGGCCAGGGGCGCACCCGGCUCUAUUCCAGCGGCAACCUUCCAGUGCAACCUUUUCAAGCAACCAAUCGGACAAUGGACUAGACAGCGACGACGAGGCUCCUUUAGAAGGUGUCAUCUCAAACGGAAGCAAGCUUGAGGUAGAAGUGGACAUCCAUUGCUGCGCUUUUCAGCUGCGCUCCGGACCACCGGAAAGUCCCAAGGACCUGGACGGCCGGCAUGAUUCGAGGGGCUCGGAUUAUCCCAACAGCAAAAUGCGGCGGCAAAACAGCGUGGUGGUUUCUGCCACCAACGGCUGCCUGCUGGCUGUAUGUGGCCGAGAGAUCUCAGAUCUGAAGAAGUCUCCUUCAACAUCUAGUCUCUUUGGGAAAAAGCUGUCUAAUGGCUCCGUAGUGGCUCUCGAGGACAGCCACAAUAUUAUUGAGGUAGCACUAGAGGCCCCAAAAAAGAAGUCUGGAUAUUUCGCCGCACCAGCCCAGCAAGACCCAGAAGACCAGUUAAUUAUUCCGCCCAGUCUGGAGCAAGAUGUGCGGGAGCAGCUGAGAGGCCAGAGCCCAGUGGUUCCCGGGCCGCCGCCGGCUCCUUUAACGCUGCCCUCAGCGAGAGACCCCAACUGGGACCAUCCUCAGCCCACCGUCCCCUGUCUCCACCCCAACACCGUCCUGCAACAGGACGUCUACGACACCGCUCUAUAGUUGGUGCAAGAGGACCGCACCAUUGGAGCAUCUCCGCAUCAUAGUGCCACAUCAAAGAGGCUAGCACACUCGAGAUAAUCCAGUUCUUAUUUAGCGCCAUCAUCACGUGUAGUUCCAUGCAUGUGUGUUCUUGGGCUGAUCCGAGUCAAGAACGAAUGGGUGGAAAUGUCAGGACCGAUGAAAUCUUGAAGAUUGUGGAAAUACAUGGGCUAUUCCUGACCAAAAACCACAGCAUGGAGCUGGAGUACCUCAUACAUCACCAUGCGCGAGUUCAUUUCGACAUUCGCCCUUUAUAUCAAAGGUCACAGGCUUACGUAGGCUUUGAUGAUCACAUUUGCCUUCUGGAGGAAAGAUACUAUCAAGCUAAACUGAGACCAAAAGAUGUGAAAAGUGCCUCUUGGAGAUGGUUGAGGUUCAGAGAGCCUUUACUGUUCUGGUGUAAGUGCAGUGUUGUUCUCCUACCUUCCCAUAGUGGCAACUAGUCGGUAAUCUGACCUUUUGAAGUCUGUGAGGAAUAUUUCAGACGGAUCUCUUCCCAAUCUGACCUGCUGGAAACAUCCCGUUCCAUUUCAUGGAAAGGAGUGGUGGUUGUUGUGCAAAGAUGUUGUUGUUGAAAAAGACCAGAACUUUCUCCGCCGUUCCUGAUCUCCUCUCUUGUAUGCAUACGGGAUCUCCCAGACAAAGCCAUGGGGGUCUCUGGGACCCUCUGCACAAUAGAAGAGUACAAUGAACCCAACGUAACAUUCAAACCCUGGAGAGGGAAUCGGUCUAGUGAUGGAGGCAGAGUGAGAUGGAGACAUAAACUACAUCCAAUGCUCAGUGGAAGCAUCGCCACACCUUUAAGGUCAUUUGGGGAGCAAAAAGACCUCACAACCUCUCGGGUUGUUUAGAGUACUUGAAGUUUCGAGUGUGCCAUGACUACAUGACAGAGCCCAUGCUAUACAGCCUUGGGCCGUGAAUACGUCAUUGGGUCUUUGUAGUAGUGCAGUUUUGCUGUUGAUCUGAGUGAGGUUGGGAUAUUUUCUCAUUAUCUCAUAAUCAAGGAAAAAAUUAUCAGCUGACAUUUAGUUUUUUUUGUAUGAGAGGUACUGGGCAUAUGAUAUGUAUGUGUGUGGGUAUGUGUGCUCUAUUUUAGCCAUGCAUGGUACGUAUAAGGAAACAGGCUGGUCAGAGUUUGUUUUUUAUUUGAAUCAGGAGACCUGAGGAAAGAGACUAUAUUGGGUCAUUUGAGUUUGUCAUUGCCACAAUCACAGGAUCAGGGAAUUCUGAGCAGUAAAACACUGUGCUCACUGUUUGAGGAGACAUCUAGUGGUGUUUAUUGGAAACAACAAUGUUGUUUUUUCAGGGUUUUCCCUGGAAUUAAGUUCUUUUUG